CACACCAACCCUAUAUAUACUUAAACUCCCGCCAUCUAUUCUUAACACAUCCAACACAAAUCUAUUUUGUCUAUUUUUCAAAGUUCGAUAUAAUUGUACCGGAAAGAUUUAUAUUCAUGUCGUCGAAUACAAUUUCUUCACCAACGUCUUCAUCACCGUCUUCUCCUAAGAGUAAGUUAGCGAAACAGUCGUCUACUUCGGCUUUUAAACGAUUAUGUCAAAAAUUGUCGCCGAGACAAUCGCCAAGAAACAGCAGUGCCUCGUCAUCAUCGAUUAAAUCAUCGGCGAGUCCCGAUCGUGUGAUUAAUAGUUCCACGUCAUCGAAAUUAUAUGAUGAGGAGCUGGUCCAACGUGUGUUUAAUUACUUUGACGAGGACGAGGAUGGGAAGAUAACGGCGGCGGAGCUGCGGACAUGCAUGACGGCGGUGGGUGGCCGAGAGAUGAGUCAGGCGGAGGCGGAGCUGGCGGUGGAGUCGGCGGAUACGGACGGCGAUGGGAUGCUAGGGUUGGAGGACUUCUCGAAGCUUCUGGAAGGGAGUUGUGGGACGGAGGAGGAGGAGUUGAGGGAGGCGUUUGGGUUGUACGCGGCGGAGGGGACGAGUAGCAUUACGGCGAAGAGUUUGAAGAGGAUGCUGAGUCGACUCGGGCAGUCUACUUCGGUGGACAACUGCAAGGCUAUGAUUCGUAAGUUUGACCUUAAUGGUGAUGGAGUUCUCAACUUUGACGAGUUUAGGGUUAUGAUGCAUUGAACGUCGUGGUCGAGACUUCAUCUUGGCCGUCUAAUUUGAGCUCUGACUCUCAUCCAACGGCCUACAUUACAGGCUAUCGAUUUUUUCAUUCAUUCGUUGGUUGUAAAUACAUUACAAUAUAUUUAACUCGAUUGUUUUUACCAGAA